UACCCUCCGUGCAAGUUCUCUCUCUCACUCUGUCUCUCUUGUGCCGUGUGUGCCCGCACAACUCCCGUGCUCUCACGCACAGGCGGCCGGGAACGAGAGGCACAGACACACGGACCGCGGGUGCUUGGUUUUGUCGUUGCGAAGCUUCGCGGGAAUAACAGACAAAAGUCGAUCUAGAAUCGAACUGGAGGUAGAGAGGAGGGGGGAGCGCUACAACUUGUUUGGGCAGGACACGGGUCCGCUCCAACACGGCAGGAACGAUAGGUAGCAACGGAGCGACGCGCGCAGAUGAGGCUGAUGGGGCCGGAGGGCGGAAGGGUAGAUGUGGUGGCGGCGGGGGUAGGAGUUCACGAGGUAUCUGCGAGCCCUCCCGGCAGCGCGAACACCAACCCUCCCCCUUCACCGUCUCUCUACGACAUUGGCGACGAUGACGCAACGCCGCGGCAGCAGUGGUCGCCCGUGCACACCGUCGGGGGCAGCGGCGGCGGGUCGAGGAAGCCUUCGCGCACCCGGGGUCAUCACGGGGGCUCCUCCGGCGGCGGAACCUUCGCCGGCGCCUGUGGCGGCGAGCCGCGGGCGCCCGCGGGGAAGCGCAAUAGUGGAGCCGGCGACUCGACGUGGGGCGGCGGAGGAAGCGCGCGAAAUGGGAACAACAAGGGCGGCAGCAGCAAUAUUAGCAAUAUCGCGUUGAACCAACAAAAGCCCCGCGUUGCAUCGCCGGACUCCCCCGUCCUGCGCGUAGACCUCGAGCGCCUGGACCUGAGCGUGCUCGCACUGGGGGAGGAGGGUGGGCCGACCAUCCCCACUGACGGCCGCGCGGGCGGCGGUGCCGCCGCGAGCAGCGGCUGCCGCAACAACAUUGGCGAGCUCUUGCACUCUCGCACUUUCUGCUCGGAACCGGGCGGGCGACCGCGGUCGCUGGGGGGCAGACCCUCGCGCGCGCACGCGCUGUUCGUCGCUCCGGGGAAGAUAGGCACCGGGCCGGCCUCUCCCCCUUCCAGCUACUCGACGCACUCGGAGAGCGGGGGCUUCGCGAGCCCCACCGUGCGGCUCGCGAGCCCGUUCGGUCUGUCGUCGGCGGGGGCAGGGAAGGGAGAACAUCACCACCACCAGCAGCAGCAGCAGCAACAGCAACAGCAGCAGCAGCAACAAUUUCACCCCCAGCAGGGCCGCGUGAAGAAAGGGCACUGGAAGAAGGGCAAGCCGAUAGGGGUCGGCAGCUGCGGGAACGUCUACCUGGGGAUGAACGAGGACACCGGGGAGCUUAUGGCGGUCAAGGAGAUCACGCUGGAGACGAAGGACAGGCUGCUCACGAGCCUCUACAACGAGAUCCAGGUGAUGCACAAGCUUGUCCACCCUCACAUCGUAGGCUACCUGGGCGCGGAGCUGCAGGACAGUAAGCGGAAGCUGUGCAUCUUUCAGGAGUGGGUCCCCGCGGGAUCGCUGCACUCUCUACUAGGACAGUUUGGAGCCCUCAGCGACGCGAUGACGCGUAAGUACACCCGGCAGGUGCUGGAGGGCCUCGUGUACCUGCACGCAAAUCGCGUGAUUCACAGAGACGUCAAGUCGAAGAAUAUUCUCGUGGACGACAGGGGAAACGUGAAGGUGGGCGCUUCGGCCGGUCUGGCGGACUUUGGCUGCGCGCUGGUUCUCAAGGACGACAACGGCGACGGGGUGGAGAUGUCCAUGAAGGGCACCCCGCUCUUCAUGGCGCCGGAGAUGCUCCUCAAGCGCAAGUGCGGCAAGCGGGUGGACGUGUGGUCCCUGGGCUGCGCCGUGCUCGAGAUGGUCACGACGCGCCCGCCGUGGGCGGACACGUUCAAGCACCCGGUCGAGAUUAUCGAGCACUUCAGCGAGAACCCAGGGCCGCCGCCCCUUCCGGAGGACCUGUCGCCGGCCCUGCGGGAGUUUCUCCUGUCGUGCUUCACGUGGGAGGCAGGGCGACGCCCGACGUCUCACCAGCUCAUCACGCACGAGUAUCUCCUGCGGGACCGGCGGGUGUCCGCGGGAGGGGGCGGGGACGGUAACGGAAGCUCGGGCAGUGGAGAGGACAACGACAUCCCGCUGGAGGCCAUGGGCCGGGCCCCGUUUAUGACGCGCAUGCGCCGGUGCAGCAGCGCGACGCUGCCGGACCUGCUGCAGCGGUCGCACGCCUUCGGUGGCCGUGGCGGCGGCGGCGACCCGCUGGCAGCGUUUGGCACCGCUCCCUCGGGGACCUUGCGGCCGCCAUCUCCGCGGUACGGCCCGGGGGGCGUCGCGGCUGCGAAUAGCAAGCGCACCCCCACCCGCCGGCGGAUGUACACCGAAAGCAGCAGCGGCAGCUGUAGCAGCGCCAUGCCUCCCCCCGAGGGCGGCGGGAGCGCGAAGCCGUCAGCGGCGGCAGCGGUGGCGGCGGCGGUAGCAGAAGCAACGGCGGCGGGGGGCGGCACGGUUGGCGGCGUUCGUCAGGCGGCUGGGGGUAGCGCGCCGGGGACGGGUCUGGUGAGAAGAGCUUCCAUGCCCCACGCCGGGAGGUCACCCCCCGUAUCCCCGGAGAAGCCGAGGCGGCCCGGCAGAGGCUCUUCGCCCGGGCGGUGCUCGAGCGCGGUGAUGAUGCAAUAUUACCACCACCACCACCACCACCACCUCCUCCAGGCGGAGGAAGAGAGGCUGGGCUCCGGCCCGGUCGGGCACGCCCGGCUGCGUAGCAUGGGGGAUGGCAUCGCGGGCACCGGGUUCGGGCGAAACGACUGGGGCGGCAGCAGCUUCAGCCUGUACCGUGGGGGGGGGGGGGCGGGGGCGGGGGCGGGGGGGGCGGGAGAGGGACAUGUGAUGCGGAAACCGGCGCCGAAUCCGACGCUGCCGCCGAUUGUCCGCGAGCUCUUGGGAACGCUGGAGCAAGGCGGCGGGUUGACAGAUGGGGAGGGGGGACUACUGCUACACUCGGGGGACACGCCCCCCCCGACGGUGCGGCCGUUAGAGCGGUCGGCCGCAGGGCAACCCGGGCAACGGGGAUGGGGGACUGCAGGCGGCGGCAACGCAAACCCGACAGCGAAGGCGACCUUGCUGCAGCAGCGUAGCAAGGCAGCGGGCGGCGGCGGUGCCGGUAGAGGCGGGGAAUGGGGAAUGUUGGACUCGCGGGGCGGCGGGGGGGGUGCUUCUCGACAAAUUGCCAACCAGCCGGGAGAAUAAAGUUUAUUUCUUUGCCCUUGUUCUUUUUUUUUCAUUCUCAGGUGAGGGCUUGGGGUUGGGAUCGACUAUGAGUGACCAACCCGCCCCCGCCUGUUCAAUUUACCGGCGGAUGUAUACAACAAGGCUGUUCGGAUGUCGGCCGGAAUGGGGUUGGCAGGAUUGUUGCCCCCUACUGUCUCCUACUGUCUGUGAUGUGUUGCAAGGGGGUUGAACGCAUUGUCUCCUGUCGAUCGCUCUUUGUACGAAUUUAUUUUUCUUGAGAGGAACUGCUGCUGCUGUCUGUCUCUUCCAGAGCCCGGCGACCUCCUAGAGUCUUGGCUUGAUGGCAGCAUGCAUAUUCAAGGAAGGGGAGGAGGGCGGCGAAGGGGGGAAGGGGGGGGGCACAACGUAGCCGCCGCCCCCUCUCUCCCCCCUCAACUAUUUCCAACCCAUGUCUCAAGAGCGGUGGGUGCCAGUUUUUGUAGACAGCCGUGUGUUGUUCGUUGUCGUUAGUUUGUGGAUGUCACCAUGAAGCGAAGUGUUGGUUGCAGGGGAAGGGUACAGUAGUAGCACGCAAGACGGGUGGCUAGGCAUCCAUCCGCCCGCGUGUGUGGGAGCUUCGGGGUGCUGCUUUCUUUCGGAGCGCACAUCAACGUGCUCGCUUUGCAGCGAAGGACACUUGUGCACGGUUCGCGCGGGUCGUGUGUGUGUAUAUGCGGGGCGGGCUGGGGGUGGGGAGGGAGGAGGGGUUGGUUGUUCAAUGGUGCUCUUUUGGUCUACGCAUAUGCGUUUGCCCAGAUAAUACCGUCCGCGUCGAUGUGCAGGUAGCCGCAGUCCAUUCUUCCCGUCCUUCAUUCCAGUACAGUAAACGAUAUGCGCAAAGGAUUCGGCGGUGCCCCCCGAAAGCACGGGUGUAGUGCCACUGUGGCUACCUCCUGAAGGGUGUGUUGUGGUUGUGUCUCGUUUGUGUCUUGUGAGUGUAUUACCCGCGCGGAUGUGAAUGUGUGUGUCUGUGUGUGUGUUUUCUCCCUCUCUUGGUGUCGAGUCGGGAAGGGAGGGAGUGUGCCGGCCAUAGAAUCUCACCCUUAACGCGCAAAACAAGCAGGUAGGCAAGUAGGCAGGCGUUCUCGAGGCAGUCGGCGGGCGGCGUUUGGUUUUGGUGCGGGCGUUAUCGCCACACACCCAGGCUUUCAUUUGUUGUUGUUGCCGAGUGGCCCCGCGUGUCAGAGCAAGCCUUGUUCUUCCGUGUGGGGGAUGGGGUAGGUUGGUUGACUGGUGUUUGGAUUUCUUGAUUGGCGAGCGACCCUCGUGCGCCGGUUCGACUUACGUAGGAGUACGUUUGAUGGUUGUUGGUGAGGUGGUCGUGGUCGACGCCGCCGGCGUGCGUAGGUCCGACUUGAACUGGAUCGCGUGUUCGCUACCACCUCCUGGAUCCUGUAUAGCUGGCGGCUGGCCCCUGACGUUCUGUUUUUUCUGUUUUGUUCCGAAGGGGGUUCGAGAGAGUCGGACGAGAACAAACAACACGUGUGUGUUGUCUGUUGGCAAUGGAGGAUGUAGACGUCAACUAUGCCGAGCCGACCGACGUGGCCUUUCCCCGCGGCCCAUAUGCUCCUCCUCCUUUUUCCUUUAAGAGGGGAAUCAAAAACACUUGCUUGUCUCUUGAUAUUUGUUGACUUUGUUAGGCAUAUUCCCCUAUUGAGUAGUAAUAAGGGGGCGGCGGCGCUUGUUGGGCAUGCCGAGCCCUUCUUAUCUUAUCUCGUGGUGUGUUGCUGGUUUUUUCAUACGGUUGUUGGCAGGGGUAUUGGUGAUGUUUGAUGCAGGCGGGCCUGGUCCAUAAUUGCAUUGUUCGUGGUAAGGGAGUUGGAUUAUGUGGCGUUCCCAUAUGUCUAGAAAGAGGGUAUUAGGGGGGGGGGGCGUCCGCCGCUGAAGCGGUUGAUUUGGGUGAAAACGCUAUCCUGAGAGAGCGGGAGGGAAAACAUGGUUCGAUCGCGUCGGGGUAUCCUGGUGCAUCAUGUCGCAAAACGUACACGGCUUCUCGUCCCUUCUGAAAGAGUUCCAAUAGUUUAGGUGCAGGCACUCGUGCUGUGCGGAGGGGGACCACUCUUCAAAACCUCUCCACCGGCGGUCGCAAAGAGGCAGGCGAACAUGUUUUUUAUUUUGUGGCCGGCCCUGCCUUCCGUUUGUGGUUGGUUCCAGCAAUUCAUGUAAAAAACAAAAAUCAUCGGAAAGCCGUAU